AUGUCAAACUUAGAAAAUUUUGAAAGCGAAGAAGAAAUGAAAGGUUUUGUCCUAAAAGCCUUAGAAAUUGAUCCUACAAAAAAGCAAAGAGAAUUUGAAUUUAUCCAACAAGGUCAUUCUGACAGUAACCCAAAAACAAAGAAAAUUCUGGAAAGGUGUGGCGGAAAGCCUGAAAAAUGUGAUUUAGGUUGUUUUAAGGGAGAACACCAUAAAGGGAUAAGUCAAGGUCGGCCUGAAUACAUAAUUAGGUUGAAAGACAAGAUUCUAAUUGUUGAACUUAAAUUAAAAAGUAAUAAACAUGAAUCAAAAAAAUUCGAUGAACCACGUAGUUAUAAUGUUGAUGGAGCGUUGUAUUACUCCAAAAAACAACAGCCGAUUUAUGAACCAUUAGGAAAGAAAGAGAAAGAAAUUUUACCUUGGGACAAAUAUUUUGAACGAUUAGAAAGAAAACCUAAUAGAGAAAUUGUUAAAAAGGUUUUGAAAGUGGCAGAAAACUUACAUAACAACUUAAGAAAUAUGAGUUUUGAUCAAGAUGACAAACCUUUUUUUAUUUCAGGGUGUUUAAUUGCUUUGAAAGACAAGAUUUUUCACUCUAGUUUGCUGAAAAAUGAAUUUGAUUCAGAAACAGAAACUCUUAAACAUUUAAAAAGUGCUUUGGAAAGAGAGAUUGAAGGAGAGAAAUAUCAACACCUAGUUAAUGAAUUAAAGGAGGCAUUAGAAAAUGAUUCAUUAACAGACGAAGAUGCUAAAAAAGAAGACCGACUUAGUUCAGUUUUGAAAGUUUUACAAAGAGAUAUUUUUCCUUUAAUUCAUUUUUCUUCUAACUUUGAUGUUAUUGGAGAAUUUUACCAUGAAUUUUUAAGAUAUUCUGGAAAUGAUGAAGGAUUAGGAAUUCUUCUAACUCCUUCCCAUAUUGCUGAAAUAUUCACUGAGUUAGUAGUUUUAAAACCAACUGACAAAGUUUUGGAUAUUUGCUGUGGAACAGGAACUUUCUUGGUAGUGGCUUUGAGUAAAAUGUCUGAAAAUGCUUCACCCAAAACUUUGGAAGAAGCUAAAAAAAAUCUCUUUGGCAUAGAAAAACAGAAAAAAAUUUAUCGUUUGGCUUUAACUAACAUGAUUUUACGAGGCGAUGGCAAAUCUAACAUCAUACAAGGUAGUUGCUUUAAAAAAGAAAAUUUAGAAAAAUUAAAAGAGAAUGGAGGAACUGACUUUAAAGUUGGUUUUUUAAAUCCUCCCUACUCGCAAACAAAAUAUCCUGAGGGAAAAUUUAUUUUACACCAUUUGGAAUUACUAGAAAAGGGAGGAAGAAUGGCAGUAAUUGUUCCUUUGAAACUUGCUCGGGGAACUAAACAAAAGGAUUGA